AUGUUUGUUUGUCGUUGUUUUGCUCAACUGCGGAUUUGCGCCUUGAGAGGUACGCCUUUUAUCUUUGCCACUAAAGCAACCCUGAGCUUCUUCCAAGCGAAUGUGUGGAUCGUUUACAUUGUGGGCGCCAUCCUGAUUGCCCAGGUGAUCUUUGAUCUCGCAAUGUCUUGCCAGCUUUGCUGUGGAGGGACCGGAUUGUUGCAAAGCUACUUCUGGAUGAUGAAGACUUCGCCUUGGAACUACCUCUACCUCUUGACCUUCUCCGUUUGUUUCGGGGUCAUUACAGGCUUCAUUUGCGCCCAGUACACCGUGCAGUCAGUGAUGUUGGUCUUCGCUUUGACCUUCGUCCUCAUUUUGGCGCUUACCAUCUAUGCGGUGAAGACCCAGGCUGACUUCACUGGCCGUGGCGCUUACAUCAUGGUGCUGAUUCUGGGUCUUCUCAUGUUGCUGUUGGUCUACUCCUUCUUUCCCGGCAGUGUGGUGCUUGGGAAGAUCGUGGCGGGUGUGGGUGCCAUGAUCUUCGGCUUUGUGAUCGUCUAUGACACUCAACAGAUCUUUGGUUCCGCAUCCGCCUCCUUUGGCGGCGGGAAGAGGGACUUGGAGUACACGCUGGACAUGUAUGCAUUUGCGGCAUGGAACUUGUACCUGGACUUCUUGCAAUUCUUCCUCUACCUCCUGCAGCUCUUUGGCGAGAGGAGAUGA